AUGUGGGGUGUAGACGGUAUGUGGGGUGUAGACGGUAUGUGGGGUGUAGACGGUAUGUGGGGUGUAGACGGUAUGUGGGGUGUAGACGGUAUAUGGGGCGUAGACGGUAUGUGGGGUGUAGACGGUAUGUGGGGUGUAGACGGUAUGUGGGGUGUAGACGGUAUGUGGGGUGUAGACGGUAUAUGGGGCGUAGACGGUAUGUGGGGUGUAGACGGUAUGUGGGGUGUAGACGGUAUGUGGGGUGUAGACGGUAUGUGGGGUGUAGACGGUAUAUGGGGUGUAGACGGUAUGUGGGGUGUAGACGGUAUGUGGGGCGUAGACGGUAUAUGGGGUGUAGACGGUAUGUGGGGUGUAGACGGUAUGUGGGGUGUAGACGGUAUGAGGGUGUAG